UCUUGAUCUGCGCCGGUAGUUCCAUGAUUGAGAGAAACAUGUGAAUUCGUCCUUGUUGAAUUUCAGGUCUAGUGGAACAAGCCACCCUGAAAGACAAUUCUACCAGAGGAGUAUAUCUACGCGGCGAGCCUUUCGGCCUGUCGAGAUUGACCGUUCGUCAACAGCAUGUCAGGAGUAUGAUUGCUAUUUCUCACCAUCAGAUCAUGCGCAUGAUUUUGUUCCAUGAAUGACAAUGUCGCUCCCAUCUUGGAGAUUGUAUCUCGAGCUCACGCGCCUGAAUCAUCCUCUCGAUGCAAUUGUGAUCUACCUGCCAUGCGCUACCGGUGUCGUCCACGCUGCCGUUGUCUCCCACCGGCAGACCCUUCCUCUGUCCCUAGUACUUCAAUGCCUGAUCGGAUGGCUCCCGAUAUCGGUGCUCCAGACGAGCUUCGCAAACACCAUCAACGAUAUCCUCGACCAAGACCUGGACCGGAAGGUGUCUCGGUGCCGGAAUCGGCCUCUGGCCCGGGGAGCUCUGUCCACGACCCAAGCCAGUCUCUUCGCUGCGAUCCAAGCGGUAACGCUCGUUCUUCUCUCCAUAUGGGCUCUUCCCGGCGCCUCUCGCAUCUAUCCCAUCGCGGCUGUUGUCAGCAGCUGUAUUUACCCCUUUGGGAAGCGCAUCACCAACUAUCCGCAGGCCAUUCUCGGGGCCGUGUUCGCCGCAGGCUUCCUCUGGGGGUACGAGUCCACUGGGCUGCGCCUGGCACCUCAGGCUCCGAUGGUGAAGAUCUCCGCGGGCAGCAUGAUGGGCGUUCUGUGCUUGUGGGUCGUGAUGCUCGACGUGAUCUACGCAUUUCAGGACGUCGCGGAUGAUCCCCGCGCCGGGGUCCGGAGCAUGAGCGUGCGAUUCCAGAACUCGAGUCGAUGGCUCCUUACGGUUUUGGGGACCAUGUACAUGAUACUUCUCUUGGUGAGUGGGGUUGCUGCCAGUCUGGGCCGGAAUUUUGUGGUUGUUGCGGGAUGCGCGGCGACAACUCUCGUCGUUAAUCUGUGCUGGGUGGGUGUCACAUCUAGGGCGAGUUGCCGGUGGAGGUUCAGGCGGGGGCUUCCGUUGAUGGCGGGGAUUGUGUUUUUGGGUCUGUUUGGGAUCGCGUGUCUGAGGGGUUCGUAGGUGGCACAGCUGCUGCGUCAACAUGUUCGGUGUCGUCGGUGUAGAAUACAUGCACCUGCAGCUCUCUGCAACUGCGUUCCUGGUCUAGGGCAGCAAUGGAAACAGAACUCUUUGAAAUGCUAUAUACCUUUAUCGCGAAACCAACCUGCACCAUCGUAUACAAUCAGCACAUAUGCUAUACCACAACAAUGGACUCCUCACC